AUGAACGGGCGUCAGCUAGCCGGCCUGGAGGAUGGGUGCGAGCAGUGGGAGGUGUUCGUCGUGCUCGCCAUCUCACCACUCUCCAUCCUUCUUCGCAACCUCCUAGAGCCCUACCUUUUCCUCGGGUCCAAUUUCUCACAAAAUGCAUUUCAAUACGGGUUAAAAUUCAUAAUCGAUUUUGCUGUGAUCGUGCUCCCAGUGCUCCUUACAAUGACAUAUUAUGCUGAAGAUGUCGUCUUUGCCUUGUAUCUUAUUUUGGAAUUUAUUGCUCUUAUCUUGCUCCUCAGGUUACUCAAAUUUUUCUGCACAACUAAAGAGCGACCAUCAAUUACGGCAAUUCUCAACACAACUCUGGAAAAGGAGCAUCACCCAACUACGUAUCUGACCUAUUUACGUGGUAUGGUGCUAAUUUUCACUGGUAUUGCCAUCCUUGCUGUCGAUUUUUCAGUAUUUCCAAGACGAUACGCCAAGACAGGCUUCUACGGCCACAGCUUGAUGGACGUCGGCGUGUCGGCAUUUGUCUAUAUUCUAGGCAUCUCAAAUCACUUGAAAACUCAACGGAAGGGCGGAGAUGACGCCAACAAAAAGAGAUCUCCUUUGGCGAUCCUGACCGGCUCAUCCGCUCUUCUACUGUACCUAGGUGUUGGGCGUACCGUGGUGCUAAAAGCAAUCGGCUACGGUACCUCGAUCACCGAAUACGGGGUGCACUGGAAUUUCUUCUUUACGUUAUUUCUCGUUCAUCUCUUUUCGAAAGUGUACAACCAACGUGCUCAUCUACUACUCGCUAUUGUAAUGGCCGGAAUUCAUCAGUUGUUGCUGAGUGGCGGGAAUGAGGAUUGGGCCCUUUCCGAUGACGAGCCACGCGAUAAUUUAAUAUCGGCAAAUCGCGAGGUGCUAUUGGGAGGCCAUAUCAUGAGGAUCGGAAACAAAGUCGCCGACAAUCUCAAGUGUCUCGUCCAACUUUUCUUCAUAGCUGGUGCUUGCUACAUUUUACAACUUUUUUGCGGUAGCUGUUUUUGCUGCUCCAUCGAGACGAGUCGCAAAUCUAGCAUAUUUAUUUUCUCAGGCAAGCUCUCCGUGCUCACCUACUCUCUAUGGAUCUGCCUCCUUGUCCAAACCAUCAUUAUACUGGGCUGGGCGACCGGAAUACCAUAUUUUGGGAAAGGCAACAACCCGUGGCAAGGAAUCCAACCGUGCAUGCUGGAAGACGUGAACCGAGCUGGCCUCUGGUUUUUCUUGCUGUGUAAUGUGUUGACAGGUACUGUAAAUAUGACGGUGGAUACUUACUCCACAACUGAUGCCGAGGCCACCGUACUCCUCGGUAUUUACAUGCUCAUCAGCUGCGUGGCAGCCCGAAUUUUUGUGAUGGUCCGUAAUCGAUGGCGAGCUGGAAAUCAGAAAAUUCCCUAUGUGAUCAAAAAA